AAUAGAAGAAGCAGCGGAAACGUUUGGAAUAUUGUAGAUAUUAUUGAAUUUAAUAAGUUAAAUUGUAUUUAAAAACGAAAAGCAAUCAAGAUGUCACGCAAAGAAGCACUCUCACAGUUUAUUAAUCAAAUACACGGCCGACCCGUGGCCGUUAAGCUCAAUAAUGGCGUCGACUAUCGAGGUGUUUUGGCCUGUUUGGAUGGCUAUAUGAAUAUCGCACUGGAUCAAACAGAAGAAUAUGUUAAUGGACAGUUAAAGAACAAAUAUGGCGAUGCUUUUAUACGAGGCAACAAUGUGCUCUACAUUUCCACACAAAAGCGUCGAGUGUAAAACGAAAAGAAACUAAAAUUAAAAGACGAAACUUACAAUUUAUUUCAUAAAUACAUUA